CCUAACCCCGCCAAAACCUAGCUCUCUCUUUCUCUCUUGCUUUCCUCGUUCUCCUCCGGCGAUGGCGGAGAACUCCGACGAGCCCCAAACCCUAGCCCCUCAAGAGGCCCUCUCCCACCCCCUCAAGCGCAAGGCCGAUCUCGACUCUGUCGAAGAAUUCGAAGCUGACUGCAAGGACAAGCUCCCGAAGCUCGAUUCCUCUCCCGGUGCUGGACUUGAUGACAAUGGCGUUGAGAAAUUCGGACCGGAAUCGGAGGAAGUGAUCGCUGAAGUGGUUGAUAGGAAGGGGAAGGGGAAAGCAGUGGUCGAGGAUGAAGACGAUGAUGAUGGUGAUGAUAGUAGUAGUGAGAGUAGUGCGGAUGGUACCAUGGGAGAUGAGGAUGAUAGUGAUUUCGAUGAUGAUCCGCUGGCGGAGGUCGAUCUCGAUAAUAUCUUGCCGUCAAGGACUCGACGAAGGGCGCCGCCGCCGCCUGGUGCGUAUCUCGUCACUGAUCAAGAUGGAGACGAUGACGAUGAUGAUGAUGAAGUCGAGGGUGUUGAGGAGUAGAUGGAUUAGGAGGCGAAAAAGGAGGUCUGGUGAUCAUAUUCAGACUCAAUUCAACCAUGCAUUGAUCAAUGGGAGAACCAAAGACAAAAGUGACAGGUUAGACUUCCUUUAGAGCCCCCCCUCCAAAGGGCCAUGAUACUUACACCAACUAAAGAUGCUUUUGCUUCACAAAACAAACCAUACUUCCAUAAUGUUUACAGUCAUCCAAUCACAUGCUCUUACUUCCUUUUUCUGCUAUUCUAUUCUCUUUUUUUUUUUCUGC